AUGUUCCUCUACAGUAUGCUGAUGGUAGUGUUGGUGUAUUGCAGGCUGGCGGUGUGCGGUGGGUCGCUGGGCGCGGCGCUAGUGUGCGCGCGGGCGCCGGGACUGACGGAGCGACAGCGCGCCAUGUGUCGCCAGUCACCUGCUGCUGUCGCCGCCAUCGGAGACGGACUCAGGAUGGCGUACGCGGAGUGUCGGCUGCAGCUGGCGGGGCGGCGGUGGAACUGCUCGGGCGUCGGGGACGGACACCACUUCGGACACGUCAUGCCCAUGGCUACAAAGGAGGCAGCGUUUACAUAUGCGAUCACGUCGGCGGGUGUGACGCAUGCGCUGAGCGCGGCGUGUGCGCGGGGAGACCUGCCGGCCUGCCAGUGCACCUCCAACCGACGGCGUGGUACGUCGACGUCGGAGCAGUUCGAGUGGGGCGGGUGCGGCGAGGGCGCGUACGGCGCGCGGCUGGCGCGGCGCUUCCUGGACGCGCGCGAGCUCGAGCGGGAUGCGCGCGCUCUCAUGAACCUCCACAACAACCGCGUCGGCAGGAAGGUGAGCCAGAUAGUGAAGGACCUGGUGCGGCGCGAGUGCAAGUGCCACGGCGUGUCGGGGUCGUGUGCGGUGCGCACGUGUUGGCGCGCGCUGCCGCAGUUCCGCGCGGCGGCGGCCGCGCUGCGCGACCGCUACGACCGCGCCAAGCUCGUCGCGCCGCACCCGCAGCGACACGCGCGCCAACAACCGCCGCAUCACACGCACCUCGUGCUCGUGCGGAGACAGAAGCAGAACCCGGGCGUGGUGCGGGUGCCGCGCAAGUCGGACCUCGUGUUCCUGGAGCCGUCGCCCUCGUACUGCGAGCGAGACGACGCGGUGGGGUCAUUCGGGACACACUCGCGCGUCUGCAACAGAACCUCCAGAGGCGACGACGGGUGCGAGUCGCUGUGUUGCGGGCGCGGGUACAGCACGGUGCGGCGCGUGCUGGAGUCCAAGUGCCGCUGCCGCUUCCACUGGUGCUGCCGCGUCACAUGCGACACGUGCGUCGCGCGCACCGAGACACACGUCUGCAACUGACGCGCUGUACCCGGUGCCGUCACUAUUGACUAAGUAUUUAUACACGCCACGAGAUUGUGAAUAUUUGUGAUAACGACAUAAUAAUAGAUUGUAAGAAUAAAAUUAUUGUUUUAUCAAAUAAGUCUGUGUGAAUGAACUUGCCUUGUAUUGUACAGCUGUUGAUAUGUAUGUAAGUGUAGCAGUGCGCGGCGGCCGACGACUCUUCACGUAACAUUACUCGUAACUUGUAACCACCGACACUCUCUCACAUUCCCGUCGCCCGCGCCGCGCAUUGUUUGUCGAAAAUAUGUCAUUAUGUUACUUAUUGGUCGAUACUUAUAUUUUCAGUGUCGGAUUAACUGCCUAAUUAGAUUGUCUAACAAGCCCCAAUUAUUAUCACAGAAGAAAAGA